GUCGAGUACACGCUUUGUGGAAUGGCAUUGGCGUUUGACAGCUCUGGCCCCUUCUGCAGUCUAUCUAUCCACGAAUCUCAGUCCCAAAUUUACCUGCAACAAAGAGAUGGCAAGUCUUCGCUUUGUCUACUUCACGACUCUCAUUGUUCAUUUCGCACCAAUGCAUUGUUUUGCCCUGGUCUCUUUAUCAAUGAUGAUGCCUUUGUCCGCCGAGUGCAUUCUGCUCGAGGUCAAAUCGGGUCGCUCGCCCGUACAAGUCCCUUCAUUUUCUCUAGCAAAACCCGCACGCCUUUCGAUUUCCCCCAAUAUCGCCUCCACCAUGCCGCUGGACAAGCUUACCUUUGGCGUCGAGCUCGAGUUCAUCUGCAUCCGACCCGAUGGCCUCUUCAACCACGACGUGUACAGUGAUGACCCUGAUGUUGGUAACGAGGCCCCCACCGCAGGUCCGUUCAUCUGGCAUUGCCUGAACCAAAACGGGAUUCCCGCAGUCGGUUGGGAGGAUCCUGACACCGAAGAUGAGGUACAAUGGCCCUCGCACAGCCGGUGGAGAGUAGAAAGCGACUGCCUCAAGCUCUCCGAAGAGGAAUACGCGCAGCUUGAUUGGGACUGGUCGGUCGAAGAAAUCGAGCUGAGUUCCCGCAAAUUCGACUUUCAUCGAGACGACUGGCGUGGCGAGAUUCAAGCCGUGCUGGACGUCCUCCGCGCCAUCGAAGCGCGCGGCUGUCGCUUCGUCACUAACAAUUCCACAGGCAUGCACGUGCACGUUGGCAACGACAAGUACCCCAUCCCUUUGCCAUGUGCGAAGAAUGUCUUUCAAUUCGCCACCGCCUUUGAAUCCCUCCUCGACCAGCUCCAUCCCAUCACCCGCACCGACAUUCCUGCCGACCUCUCCGAGGGCCGCAACACUUUGCCUCCCUGCUACUUCCACAUGCUCUCCUCCAACAUCUUCGAUGCCCACAUCCCGGGUGAGUCCCCAGCACUCUUCCACAGACUCGCUAACAUCGAAACGGCGGUGACCUACAAGGAUCUAGGCAGCUUCUUCGCCGUCGACCGAAGUCAAUGGAACAGCCCAAUCCCGACCACGGGCCACAACAGCGCCUACAACUUCGACAAUCUCUUCCCCGACCACAGCGCAGGGCGGUACGCUGAGACCCUCACCGGCACCAUCGAGUUCCGCCAGCACGCCGGCUCGCUCGACUUUCUCGAAAUCACCGCAUGGAUCUGCCUCGUCUGCCGCAUUGUCGACUUUUGCAGCACCGUCGACAGCGAGGACAUGAUCAAGCUGUGUCUGCACGCCGUCGAGCCCGACUACGCCCUCGACGACCUGCUGAACGACAUCUUCUGCCCCAUCGACCUCAUCGAGCACUUCACCGAGGAGUCGCACCUCAUCGGUUUCCUGCCUCGACGCGGCAUGCCUGCCCUUCCAGAAAUCGAAGAAGCCUUGGCAGUGAUGGAGCAGAACGAAUUCGAGCAGGAGCAGCGUCACGGCGCGCAGUCCGUGAAGGCCUUGAUCGACUACAAGUCCUUCUCCGGCUUCUACGGCCUCGAUCCCGCCGUCCAUGAGAAAUUCCUUGCCUCGAUCAGGAAAACAACCGUCCGCGCCGAACUGGAUCGAGCAGAGGAAACGCUGGAGGCGUGUGUCAAUGGACUUGAUGUGAGUAGCGAGUACGGGCAGUCGAGGGUGAGGCACCACGUGUAUAAGCGGCUUGCACGCUUGUACGGCUUGGACAAUACGAAUCACCGCUUGCCCAAAGGAUUCGGUGCGCCGCACAGUUGACUAGAGGUAGACGGUAAGGUAGGUGGAUGGAUUUGGGCCGUCCAGGUUGGUUGUUUCGUAGCCCUCUUCGUUCUAAAGUUUGUGAAUGUACUCUGAUGCUUU